AUGAAUGUAGUUAUAUCACUUAUUUUCUUGAGUUCAAUAUUAUUGAACAAAAACAUAAUAGGAGGAAAUCCUACAAGGAAAGUAAAUAAUGAAAAUGAUCAAUGUAAAUAUAUGAACAUUUUUGAAAAACAUAUUUUUUACAAAUGUUAUUUAUUUACAAGUAAUCAAAAUGGAUGUUGCAAAUUUUAUAUAAAAGAACGCCAAGAAAAAAAAAAAAAAAAUGAGUUGCUCUCUUUACAUGAUAUCCUUAAAGACUCAGCUGAUGAAUAUGAUAUAGAUGAAGUAAAACAUUUUUUUCCUGUUUUUAAUCAAAAGUUAUUUCACUCAAAUAAUGGAAAUCAAGGAAAGGGAAUGAUAAAUAGUGAUGGUGAUUUAUUAAUCGAAUUUAAUAACAAAUAUUUUAAUUUAAAAGAUAUAAAAGUGAAUGUAAUAUCUAGCAAAAAAAAAAAAAAAAAUUUUGAUAAUUAUACUAAAUUUGUAAAAAAAGAAAGUGAUUAUAUAAAAAAAAAAAAUGAGUUAUUCGAAAAUAGUCCUUUUUACACAACUAAUACAUGUUUUAAAUUUAUUGGUGGAAAAUGUAAAAAUCAAAAAAAAUCAAAAAAUAAAAACCAAGAUAAUGAUGAAUAUCCUGAUGAAGAAUUAGAUUACGAAUUAGCUAAAUCAUUAAAUGGAAAUAUAGAUAUGUUCAAUAGUAAUGACAAAAGUGCUAAAAAUGAUUUAGACCCUCUAAAAUAUAUAUUUGAAAAUUCAAACAUUAAUGAAGAUAUUGUAGACACUGAUAAUAAUAAAAACAAAACAAUUUUUUCACGGGUUUAUAAUUUUUUUAAUAAUUUUUCAUUAAUAAAUUCUUUAGCACGAUCACCCAAAAAACUAAUGCAAAAAAAUAUCGAAUUUAAAGGACACCUAAAUAAUAUGGAUGCACUAGAAAAAUAUUUAGAUAAUGAAUAUAUUGACACAACUGAACAAAUAAAUACAAUUAUAUCUAAUGAUCUUCAAAAAGCUUUUACCACUGAAAAUAAGGAAGAAAACACAAAUAAAAACAAAGGGCUUAUAUCAUCCAUGUUUAGCAAUAUGUUUUCGCUUGUUUAUUUACCUAGAGCAAAUGUUGAAUUAUGA